AUGGGCUCCAUCACUGAUGAUUCCACCAUUAUUAUUCCCACGCACUGUAAAGCAGGAGUCGUGGUCAAUGAAGGUCCCGAUUUCCAUGUUGAGGUACAAGUGGUGCCGGUCCCAGAGCCAGGCCCAGACGAUGUCUUGAUCAAGUUGAACUACACCGGGCUAUGUUCAUCUGACAUUCAUAUGAUGCAGGGAGACUUAGGGGUCCCUCCAAUGUCCACUUUCGGUGUUCGGUCUCCAGGCCAUGAAGGUGCUGGUGUCGUGGUUAAGAUUGGAGCUAACGUGACAAAUUUCCAAGUGGGCGAUAGAGCCGGGAUCAAACCGAUCAUGAAUACCUGUGGUUCCUGUGAUCAUUGUUGGGAUGACAAGGAAACAUACUGUAAAAAUGCAACGCACACGGGACUGAUGGUAGCGGGUACGUUUGGUUUGCAUGCUGGCGGUUUGAUACCUGAGCUCAUCAUACUAGGCACCUAUCAGCAAUAUUUGGUCUCGCCAGCCCGUUAUGCAUCACCUAUUCCAGACGAGGUCUCCGAUGAAGUCGCCGCCCCUGUGAUGUGCAGUGCUAGUACAAUUUACCGGUCUCUGAUUGAGUCAAACCUUGAAGCAGGGGCAUGGGUUGUUUUCCCUGGAGGUGGCGGCGGCGUCGGGAUCCAGGGUGUUCAGUUGGCCAAGGCAAUGGGAAUGCGCCCAAUCGUGGUUGAUACAGGAGAUUCCAAAAGGAGAUUGUCCAUGGAGAUGGGAGCAGAGGCCUUUGUGGAUUUUAAAGAGAUGUCAGAUCCCAGUCAGGCUGUUAUUGAGAUUGCGGACAGCAUCGGUGCCCACGGAGUGUUUGUCACAGCCCCUGCUGCGUAUAAAACUGCGGUCUCGUUCACUGGUAGUCGGAUUGGAAGCGUCGUGAUGUGCAUCGGUCUUCCUUCUGUCGGUUCAAUGACAGUAGGCGAUGAUCCCUGUGCGUUUGUCUUCAGAAAUCUCACCAUCAAAGGCACCCUUGUUGGUAGCCGGCGAGAUGUGGCCAUGACUUUAGAUUUUGCGCGACGAGGGAUGCUAAAGCAGGUGAGUGAGGUAUAUCCAGUGAAUCGAAUGCCUGAGGCUGUGGAAAAACUUCGCAAAGGCCAAGUAGCCGGGCGCAUUGUGAUCAACUUUAACUGGGAGGAGUGA